AUGAUAUUAGGAAAGUUACCGGGAGACAAAAAGGAACUGAUGGAGACAUUUUCAUUCAAGUCUGUUUUCAUUUUCCUUUUAGCUUUGACUGUGAUGGUGUCUGUAACAGUCCAGAAUGUUGAGGCGAAACGUAUGUUACAGGAAGAAACGUCUCUGCCCUUGGUUGAUCUCGAAGCUUCAAUGCCGACAAUUAAGCCACUAGGAGGGGGUUUUGGUUUUUGUACGAAAGACUGCAAAGAGUUAUGUUUUGGUACCGGUUGUUAUUGCGUAUGUCCUAAACCUCCAGCAAAUAAAUAA